ACCUCAUCUUUUAGCAAAUAAACUGUGUUGGUCGUCCCAUUGAAAGGGUUCGGUCCUGAUCUUCGAGAUUUGGCUUGGCAGAGAAAGAAGAUAUCGUUGUUUGAGACCAACGGCCCAUCCCUCAUGUUCCCGCGGAGCAGAGGUUGUUGGACACGGCGAAGCCACGCCCAUGAGAUCCAGGCCUGACCCUGACUCUUGCUAAAAGGCAGAAAAACAACUCAACCAGCGAUUCUAACAGUCUGUCUCUGAUAGCAGCGAAGUUAAAUAUAGGUGGACUUUCCCAGUCUGCAAGCGAGUUUUGGGGUCCUUGCGGCUAAGUUGAGGUGACAAAAUGGCUUCCAAAGUUGAAGAAACCAUUCCAAUGGCUCCAACAGCAGCCCCACUACAGCAACAACAGCACGUGAUCGUGGUGGAACCCAGCGACACGGGCACCACGCCCUGCUGCUGCUGCUGUGACGACGGCUGUACAGAGGAGAGCGCGGAGCGCGGGAACUGGUCCUGUAACUUUGAGUCCAUCCUGGCCAGUGUCGGCUAUGGUGUUGGUGCGGGAUAUCUGUGGGCGAUGCCGUAUCUUAUUUACCGGAACGGAGGUUUCUUUCUCCUUGCGUACUUCUUCUCGCAAAUUUUCGUCGGUUUCCCCAUUGUUUACCUGGAGAUGGCACUGGGACAGUACACGUCACAGGGACCGAUCCGUGCAUGGAGAGGGGUGCCCAUACUGCAGGGAAUUGGGGUAGGCAUGGUGGUUAUGUCUGCCAUCUAUUGUAUCUACCACAACAGCCUCUUGGCAGAGAUGCUAUACUACAUGUUCUAUGUGCCUGGGGACCUGAGCAGUACAGCAUCAUGUGACAACUACUGGAACACGCCAAAUUGCAUGAGUGGAUGUGUUGAGGAGGUUCAGGAGUAUGACUAUAAUGAACCAUACAACUUCACACACCUGAUUUGCGGUGGUCUGGAGACCUCAGCAAUGGAGUACAGAAACAAUUAUGUCCUCCAACUGAGUGAAGGUAUCCACAACAUGGGAGCUGUGCGAGGCCCCCUAGCAGGAUGCCUCUUCCUUGCAUGGCUACUGGUGGUGCUUGGUCUCAGCUUUGGUGUCAAGUCUCUGGGAAAGGCUGCCUAUGUCACAACUCUUCUGCCCAUGUUUUUCACCAUCGUCAUGUUCCUCCGUGCUGUGACUCUACCCGGAGCAACUGAUGGGAUUGCUUUCCUGCUGUGGCCCGCGCCGACACGGAGUAGUUCUUAUUUCUACACUGUGAUAACGGCCAUUGUUCACCGAUUGAGCCUGGGUCAUGGAGGUUACACAACAUUGGCUUCCUACAACCGUUUCCACAACAAUGUCCUCAGGGACGCAGUUCUUGUCAUCCUCAUCGAUUUCCUAAUGGUGUUGUUUUGUGCGGUGACGAUUUUUGGAUUCCUGGGUUUCCUCGCACAUCAACUGGGGGUGGACAUUAGUGAAGUGGUCACCGCAGGGCCUGAUCUUGUCUAUGUUACCAUGGUGACGGUAUUUUCGCACCUCCCCGUGGGGUCGUCCUGGGCUGCUCUGUUCUUCCUGACCCUGGUCCUGCUGACGUAUGGAAGUCAGCUUGUUCUGGUGGAGACUGUCAUCACUUCCCUGAUGGACCUCAUCCCUGAGGGACUGAUCAAGAACUUCCCAGGCAGGGAGUCUGGGCUGCUGAGUAAGAGGACGCGCCUCCACGGUGUGAUGACUGCUGCCGUCUGCUUCCUGUUCUUCCUGUUAGGACUGCCCUACGUCACACAGGGAGGAGUUUACCUUCUGACUGUGGCAGACAGCUACAACGCCCUGAUUCAACCCUACAUCUUCAUCUUACUGGAGUGCGUGGCACUCACCUACCUAUACUCCCCGAGUUGUCAGCUCUGCUGCCCAGCGCUCAACCGCUGGCUGUCUGACCUGAGCCACAUGCUGCAGCACGUCUGCUGUUUCUGCUGUGCCACCAUCGUGAACGGGAUGACAGCAGUGGCCUGGGUGUACUACAUCCCCGUGGUCAUGUUGGCACAGAUCAUAAUGGGACCCUUGCUUUGGUGGCCACAUGACCUGGGGUACCUUUCCUACAUCUUUCCACGCUGGACUGCCAUCCUGGGACACUUCAUCCUGAGCAUCAGUCUCAUCAUGGUCCCCCUGGUUACUCUUGUCAACAUCAUCAUCGCACUGGUGAGAGGCAGACCAAGUGAAAUUGUCCAGCCCCCGGCAGACUGGGGUCCGUACCUCAACAAGCACAGGAGGGGCGUGGCAACAGGACAACCUGGGCAACCUCCUGUGGAUGACACAAGGAUGUAAGGUGCCAGACGGACCUGUGAAACCUGCAGCUAAAUCAUGGAUAAGGCGCUAGACAAGACUACACUGUGUAACCAAAGGAUGAUGUCAACCCAAAUGUAAUCAUACUAUAAUUACAUGUAUGUUUACCAAAGGAAAACAUAUUGUUUUUGCUCUGUUUCUUCUUCUUCCAUCCCAAACACUGAACUCUGACCU